AUGGAGGACAUACGUCAGAAGACUUUUCAAAAGCUACGCCCACCAUGUGUAGAGCUUAGCUCCAUCACAUUAAAAUUUAAGGGGAACCUGGCGUCAUCAAAUGAGGUCCUCAGAGCUUUAGAUACCCUAUAUCAGACCCUGAAAGAAGUCGUGUCAUAUAAUGGACUAGAUGAGAAGCUUGCUGAAUAUUCCUUCUUCCCACUCUCUCAAAUAUUCAAUGAGAGCCGGCGUAUCUCAGCACAAUGUGUCGAGUUAGCUCUGAAAUGCCUACAGAUCCUGAUAGAAAAAGGAUGGCGUUCGAAGCUCUCUGCCGAGCUAGGCAAGCAGCUUCUCAUUCUAAUGACUCUGCUUUCAGGUGGGCCGCCCGCACAAGCUCAGGGCCAGGGAACUUCAACCCCGAGUAGACCACGGUCAGAGGAGCUUAUAGUUGCAGCUUUCGACUGUGUGUCAUCCAUGUGCCGUGUGCUACAUGGUCCCGCUGCGGCAGCUUCUAUCUUCAAUGAAAUUGGGCCGUCCACUAUUAUAGACCAAACGGUGUAUGUGCUGCUGGAAGCUGUUGUCGACGGGGCCUCGAACGACAUCCAGAAAUCAGCUGCUGUCGCCUUAAACUCGCUACAGUCCCGUAUCACGGACCGGGUGGUGCUGGCUAGUCUUUUGCCUCGUACAGUUUCCUCUCUGACGAAGGUUCUUCGCGGUACCGCCCAGCAGCGCAGGCCAUAUAAGCUUCUGUGCGCCUGUCUCGAAGGACUGACGAUGAACAUUAAAUUUGUCCUGAAUGAUUUGGCUGUGUCUUCUACAACUGAUGAGAUGCCCACUACCACCGAUACUGGGCCCCUUGUCCUUGAUAAGUCAUGGUUAAAUGCAACAACCUCACAGAUCAAGCUAGCACUCUCACAUGUAAUUCGGCUCAGAAACCAUGAAAAGGAUGAAGUCCGUCACUCUCUCCUUGGUCUAUGUUUAAUGGUAAUUGAGGACUGUCCAAACUCGCUUGCCGACUCAUUGUCAAUGAUGGUUGAAACUGUUGUGGUCCUAGCACACCAUGCUGAUGAGAAAGAUGACGACGAGGCAUAUCGUUCUUUGAAGCACCUGUUAACGUCCUCGGAAACCGUCUCUAGCAUUCUCAAAUCCAACUUACACUCCUGGAUAGUCGCACUUCCACGGGUUAUGCAAUCUGCCGAUGAUGCUGCUAAAAGCCGAGUCAUAAGGCAGAUAUCCACGGCUUUUGAGGCACUAUCGGAUACUCAAAUUAAAUCGGAUAUCCUCGAUGAUACGAUGACAUCAAGUCUGCACGACAGUAUAUCUGCCAUAUUGAUGUCUUCGCAAAGGCCGCUGCAGCCACUAGGACCUCCUAUCGAUGCCAGGCCGGAAGCCCUCAGUCUUACUGGCCAGAGUCACUCGAAUACUUUCCAGCCGGUAAUAUUCGAACGCCAAAGCCAGAGGGAAACCCUACUCGAACUUCAAACUAUGAUAUCUAGACUAUCGAAUGCUGAUUUAUCGCUCAGCAUGACCAAAUCUAUGCUAAACAAGCUUUAUCGGUCGCCAGGAGAUUCUUUCGUGUCAUCGCUCUGGCUCACGCUAUCGUUUCUCAAAAGCGCAUCCCCCGAUACCCUAAUGAUAGAUGACAUUCUAAACGUUGACUCCGAGCUCUCCUCAACAUCACGACCGCAAUUAAUAGAAGAGAUUUAUUCAUUAGCGUUGCCAAUCUUAACCGACCUACAAAACGUCGACUCGGAUGAUUGGCGUACACCCGCCCUCGCACUAGAGGCGGUUGCCUUACAGGCAGGACAGCUUCAAGAGUCCUUCCGACCCGAAUUAAUCGAUACACUCUACCCGAUCCUGCAACUGAUGGGAUCCAGUAAUCCAGCUCUGCAGAAUCACGCAAUGACUUGCCUUAAUAUCGUCACUGCAUCCUGCAACUAUCCCGACGCAAGCACAUUGGUGAUUGAGAAUGUUGACUACUUGAUAAACUCCGUGGCUUUGAAGCUGAAUACCUUCGACAUCUCGCCUCAAGCCCCUAAGGUUCUCCUCAUGAUGAUAAAGCUCUCCGGCUCUCGUUUGAUCCCCCAUUUGGAUGAUAUAAUUGGCUCUAUAUUUGCUGUUUUAGAUGCAUUCCACGGAUACCCCAAACUAGUUGAACUUCUCUUUGGUGUACUGGGAGCUAUUGUGGAUGAAGGUGCAAAACAACCUGCACUUCUUGCAAUAUCAAAUGAGGAUGAAAGCACAAUUCACCAACAGCGAAGAUUGCCAGCACAACCUCGAUCGGUUUCCACCAUAGCAGCGUGGUUCAAAGAAAGACGCGAGAAACGUUCAAGAGAACUAAAAAUUGAAGAGGAUAGCUUUGAACCUCUAGAACCACAUCCAAAAAAGCCGUGGUCAUCUCUUUCUGACAAACAGACUGGUGAAGACGAUGAAAUGGAAAUAAACUCCCAGGCUGAUCAGUCUGAACAACCCCAAGAACCCGAAGAAAAGCCCCUGAGCAAACCUCACACAUUAUUAUUAAACAUUAUAAAAUCCAUACCACCGCAUCUCUCCUCCCCUUCCCCCUUCUUACGACGGUCCCUUCUAUCCAUACUGACGCGUGGUCUCCCUAUCUUAUCUCAGAACGAGAAAACCUUCUUGCCCCUUAUCAAUGACCUGUGGCCAUCCGUGAGUGCAAGGAUUACACUACCAGCUCAAACCGGCGGGGAAUCCCAAGCUCUUUCAACAUCAUUGAAAGAAAACAAAGCCCAGAUAAGCGACUCUGGUAUUCAAGAGGAAACCUUCGUCACUGUUGCUUCCUGCACCGCUAUCGGGACAAUGUGCAAAGGGGCAGGGGACUUUAUGUCCUCCAGGAUCGAGCAUGAAUUCCCUCGAUGGAAGCGCCUCUAUAAAUCCUGCUGGACCCAGGUUAAAGAAGAUGCAGAAAAAUCAGUACAACGGCAACGUCAGCAAUUGGCGAAAAAGCAAAUACAAGAUGCAGAUGUGUCUGGCAGCAGUGCAUCUGCAGGGCUUGUUAAGGUAAUAGACGAGCCCAGUCAGCCACUGCCUCGGACAUCCUUCAAUAUCACCAAAUCUUUUACACGUCAUCAUUCUCUUUGGAAAGCACUUACGACGCUAUAUAUUACUAUCCUGUCGCAUGUCACCCUACCCGCUGAUAUAGGGGAUGAGAUCUGUUAUGCUUUAGCGGAUUGGAUAACCUUUUUCCACCCAGAGUUAUUUCCCGCUAAUACAUGGAAGGAGGAUGGGAAUACCGAUGGUUCCUUGAGCGAUGAAGAUACUGAUAGUGAAACUAGAUGGAGCAAAGGGACUCUGAAGGAGGCCAAGCGAGCUCUUCGGGCUAUGGACGGCUGGAAUUCAGACUUGGCCUGGUUGGCUUGUGCACAGGCUAGAGCAAGGCAUCAUGGCAACCAAAAUGCUGCUAGCCUAGGUUUGAACCAGGAGCUGCGGGCUCUUGCAGGAAAGAUGAACCAUGAACUAGAACGGUUGCUAGGAAACCAGGCGCAUGGGGAAGCUGGCAAUUUGAGGUUUGCUACGCCUGUGUUUUGA